AACUUCAAAUUAAGCUUCAUUUUUGUAUAACUUUGGCGUGAGAAUCCAUGAAGGUUUCCUAAUGUUGCCAGGUAACGUCUGUAGCAAAAUAUAAUCACGGUCCACAUCAGAUUCUGAUAAUUUUGUUUCAAACCAUGCAAAACUUACCUCAUUUACGAAGCUUAUUUCAUGAACAUAUUGGGGCAAUUGAGUAGACGUGUGUCUUACUAAUCAAGAAUUCAAGAUUCUAGGCUGUAAGUCAGAUUACAAAGUCUAAUUUCCCGCUCUCUGCACAGUGGUUAAUUAUUUUUUAGCAAUGUCAAACAAAAAUUGUUUUUUGAUCGAUAAGAAAAUUGUUUUUUUAGUUUCACAGUGCUUCAAAUAGGAAUAAUUAACACUGUACGACCUUUUAGCGGUGAACUCCAAGCUGCUCCGAAGGAUGACAUCACAGCACGUUGACCACACGUGGGCUUCAAUUUCAAAGCGAAAAUGGCAGACACGAAUGUUAGCAUUCAUAAGAAGAAGAAAAAAAGAAAAGAAGAGAAUGCAGUCGAAAUGGAGGAGACAAAUACUGACAUAGAUACACCGAAAAAAACAAAAAAAGAAGUGAAUGAAUCUUCCUGUGCAAGUCCGAGUGCAGGUCAACCAACGUAUGACGAACUCUUGAAAAUGGUGAAUGAAAUUGCAAGACCAAUGGCUACAAAGAAGUUGACCAAGACGUUAUAUAAGACUUGUAGAAAAGCUGUUAAAGUAAAAUCAGUUAGACGUGGUGUCAAAGAAGUGACUAAAGCACUGAGAAAAGGAGAAAAAGGGGUAGUGGUUUUAGCCGGAGAUGUUUCACCUAUUGAUGUCUAUUCUCAUUUGCCUGUUAUGUGUGAAGACAGAAAUGUACCUUACUGUUACAUACCAUCAAAAAUGGACCUUGGUAUUUCUGUGAAUUCCAAAAGACCAACAUGUGUCGUGAUGAUCAAACCUCACGAGGAUUUUAUGGAGAAAUAUCAAAAAUGCAUGAAUGAAGUUAAAUGUUUGCCAUUUCCUUUAUAGUCUACUAAGUAAAUCAAGAAAGAUCAAAACUAUGAAUCUACCACUCAAGUCAGUUUCAGACGUCGAAAUUUACAUGCGCCAAAUGCAUUAAAGACAAAAGAAAAUACGUUAUAAUUUCUUAUUAUCGACGUUUGAAACUUGUCUUAGGAUCGAAGGGUAAAGUCAGGGGUCGUUUUCCCUUUUCCCGACAAGGUUUAUUGGCACUUACCGAAACAAGAGCAACUAGUGUUGCACCUUCAGAAUAUCGUGUUAAGUUUGACAUAGCUAUAUAAUUUGUGAUCAUCAUGCAAAGGCAUAAUGUGCCGUAAAAACCGAAGAUUCGAUCACAACCAGCUCCACCGAAGAAACAUUGAAAACCAUAAAACCAACUGAAGAAGAAAAAAACACAAUUAGGUUCAACAUAAUAGGCUGUAAACAUAGCCAAAAGAAAGACGUACAUAAUCUUAACCCUCUGUUGCUCAAGGCAACAAUACCUGAAGAUAAACGAAAUUGAAUGGAGGAAACCCUCUGGGUUGACUAACGAAAGAAAAUGUAGGCGAGAAUUUCACAGAACGUAGCUGCUUAAAGCCUGGAUACAAAAUUCUGGUCAUUCUGCCUUUUGCCGAAAAUAAAAAAAAAUACCAUAAAGUUUCUUGUGCUUUUUACGUUGACAACUUGGGAGUUUUUGCAACACAGCGAUCAUCGAACGCGAUUAUAAUGAAAACAUGAAUUCAUUGCCGGUCGUAUCAAGGACGACAUGCACUAUUAACUUAGUGUAGCUCAAAUAUUGUCAAAAAGUAAAAGUUUUUAAAUUGAGCAAUGAAGUGGAUAUUGUUCAUACAACAUGGUCCUUAAAAUACGUACUUUUCAAAAAGUUGACUUAUGCUUUGUGCAUAACCAAAACCUGGUAUGAUAUCGACGAAGAAGAGGCAUGUCACGAUUACGAACACGUAAACUCUCACCAUGAAAACAAAAUACAUAACAUUCAGUUCACGUUUUUCUGAACUCGUUUCCGUCUUCAAAAUCUUCUCUCCGUAUACCAUACUUGCUGCUGCUGGAACCUAUGACGAUUGUGGAGAAAUUUCAACAAAAAGUGAAGAAUAGUUUGACAUAUUUUUUCAUUGUGAGCGAGUUAGAAUUAUUUCGUUUUACAAUCCGAUGUAUGACUUUCGAAACAACAACGAGUACAUACGUACACUGCCAGCCAUGAAAACCAGAGACCAUUUGAUACUCUCCGUCCCGUUAGUGACAUUAUUAUCUCUCUUGUCGCCAAUUGAUGGAAAAAUCGAGGGAAUGAAACAGAAAAACAAGCAAAUUGAUAUCACUGUUGCACACACAAGCUUUCGACGUGUUGGCUGUUUGCGUAAAAUAAAGUAUCUAAACAAAAAAAUGUUGAAAUGAUAUUUAUUUAAUUUAUGGAUAUAUGGUGGUAAUUUCGGAUUAAACCCUUUCAACAGAGAAAGGCAGUCUCUUUUAAACGAGAAAAGUGUUUAUAAUGUAUUGUGUGACGUAACAGUUGAUGAAAAUGUUUCUGAAAACUAUCACAGUUAUGUAAAUGUUAUGUAAAUGUUAUGUAAAUUAUGUAAAACUUGAUAAAUGUCUCUCUUACAUUUUUAUCUGUUGUAGUAAUAUGUUGAAUAUAUUAUUGUUACAACUGUC